AGUUUUCCCAGAAUCAUCAUACGAAGUUUGGUUUGGUCUUCUCUUCUUCAAACUGACAACUGCCAGUGCAUCAGCUCCGAAAAUCCACAACAAUUUGGCGUCACGAACAGGAUUUCAACACAACAAAGACGUGGUGGAAAGGUCCAUACCAGGUGCUGCUGACUACUAGGACGGCCCUGAAGGUCGAAGGCAGAGCAGAAUGGAUCCACGCCACAAGGUGCAGACUGGCCCCCCCAACCACUGGCGGAGGAGAGCAGAGCCCUGGCAGGUAACCGGAUGGUUACUCCUUUUUUCUCUCCUGUUUAGUAGGUUCGGGCAGGGGACAGGUCAAGUCGGUCCAAAUGAGAGAGAGACAGGAGUCUCUCUGAUUCCAGGCGAAGGAGAGCGGAAAGGCUUUCCUUCUCAUGACACAGUCGGUGCCAUGAACCCAGUGCCCCAUGGACAGGGGCGCCCUUUGCAGAAUGAUCCAGAAAAUGCAGACCAAGAGCCAGAUCUUGGACAUACGGACAAAUCAAUGAGCCCAUUGGGACUCUACAACACUUUACUUUUUCUCGAGGUAGAUGGCGGUGGUCUACAUAUGAUAAAACACUGUUUGAGACGAAGCAGAGUUCAUCCACGUCGACGAAGAUCUUGGAGUGCAAAUUUCCAGGAGAAGGGGGGAGAACUGGUAAGCUGUAAGUUCAUGGAGAAUGAUGAUUACCCCUGGAGUGGUUACUUUGCAUCCACUAACACAAUUGCUCCAACUAAAUCUGAACCAAGGGUGCAAAACAAAUUACUGCGUAGCGCUCAGCAACCAGUAGUGCGAAAAGAAAAUUCAGCCCUUAGUCUUAUGCUUGAUUAUGCGCGUGAUCGUAAUCUCAGUAAGUGUUGGCUAUGUCAAAAUAUGCCAGCUUCAAUACAUUCUCCAAUGUCUAAUCCAAUUCCAUUCACCAAAGCUGAUUAUGAGACGUUCAAUUGGAAUGAUCUUGCUUCAAGAUUUAGAGAAGAAGCAGACGAUUGCUAUACUCCAACAUAUCCUGUGGAUGUUAAGUCAUCACAAAAUACAGAUAUUGCUCUAUACGUUGCAAGAACGGUAAAUGACAAAUAUCUGCCAAGCGGAUUUAAUUUCACCACUCUUCUCCGCAUCAUUCACAUACAAAGAUAUGUGAAACUAGGCUUUGAGUACAGAGUUCAGGUUGCUCUAGCUCAAACUAACUGUUCAAAACCUUCUGAAAAUCAAGUGUGUGUUCCCCAACCAUAUACAACCACUGCUAUGGCUGAAGCUCUAGUUUAUGUGCAACCAUGGGCUGGCACCUUAUCCAUAGGGCCAGUCAAGAUUCAGUUACGCAACUGUUCGGCGCCACAACAAAACGAGCAAAGACCUCAGCGUGACUGCUCAACUUAUCUUCCCCCUGUCUUCACUCAUGAGCUACAAAAUGUUUCUUUAUGUUUCAGAGGGAUAGGGAAGGGACAUGAAGACUUAGGACAAAGUAGCUGUAACACUGUGGUAGAUGUCACUCUUAAACAGUCCCCACUGCCUGAGAGAGUGUAUCUAGUUUGUGGUGACAGGGCCUAUCGGUGCGUGCCGUAUGAAGACUCACGCGGUGUCUGUUAUUUGGCGUACUUAAUUCCCCUAAUCAGAGAAGUAGAAUCUACUGAGAUAGCUUCACUGUAUCCACCGUUACACAUAUACAAGAGAGAAAUCUCAUCAACUCAGAAAGUAGCCAGCUUCCUUCUCCCUUGGUAUGGUGUGUAUGUGUCCCAGCAAGAGCUCUCAUCUCUCUCCAAAGUCCUAGAAAAUCAUCUUAAUGCCUCAAGCAGAGCUAUGUUAGCCGAACACAAAGAGUUGCAGGAAGUCAAAACAGUAGCUCUACAGAAUCGCAUGGCUCUUGAUCUCCUGUUAGCGGCUCAAGGAGGAACUUGUAAGCUCAUAGGCUCUGAAUGUUGUUCCUACAUCUCUGAUGCAACUGCUGACGUCAUGGACAUGGCACAUGACACAGCACUGGGUAUCAAAGAAUUGCAUGAUAGUCAUGGUUUUAACCUUGGUGAUUUUUCAGGUGUCUUUGGGUCAUGGGGGUCCGGAUUGGUCAGGUUCCUGACCACUCUUGCUGUUGCUGUCUUCCUUUUCAUCCUCCUCUGCUCAUGUGUAGGUUUGAUAAUCAAGCUGGUAGUGAAAAAGACCACAGGGUCUGUACUCCAAGCAGCCCAGGUGCAUGUCACUGGAAACACUGCAGAUCAUAAUCACACAGGUUUGAGGUAUUAUGAUUUUGAAACUUUCCAGGACUGGAUGAGGCGUUUUCACCCAGAGGAUCACUCCAGGAGGAUGGAUUCCACAUCACCAUGCAUCGUAUGUGCUAGUAACCUCUCCAUGGUGAUGGCCCUCUACUGUACGCAAAGUGCAUGGGUUGAAGACUUCACUUUGUGAUUGAUUUGUUUUAUUGUUAUGAUGUAAUCAAAUGUUUGUAUGACUCCCCUUUAAGUUGCUAGGAUUUCAUCUAGUAAGAGGCAGGAAGUGUCUUGUCUUAGGUUGUUUGCGCAUGUGACUGGUGACCUCUGUCAAUGACCUCCUUUAACGCUUUGGUGUUCUAGGAGAUCUUCUUUGAGGAUUUGCCUCACUACUGCCCCUGGUGGUUGGAAGACAGAACUCAUGGGUCACAUGACAGUUGUUUUAAAGGGGUACAUAAGAGGGGUUUUUUAUCUAAUUUACUGAUUGUUUGCUUUUAUUGUUAUUGCAUUAUGUGUUUAAAUGAUUAUGUGUUUUGAUGAUUUUACUUUUGAUUUUGUUCAAUGCAAUUGUUGAUUCUUGUAUUACUUUUGUGUGAGAAUUGUUAUCUGUUGUGCGGAUGUUGUUUCUACUCUGUUUGUGCCCUUACAGUCCACCAGUCCAGUCAUAAAUUGGUAAUUUGUAUUGAUCUUUUGAUCAAUAAGAGGGGAUUGUUAUGGAUAUUCCAUAACUGACCAGGACAACAGAAUGUCAAGCUGUACUCCUCUGUUCUCUCAAACAGAAGAUAACACAUGUUGUUUAAUAAACC